CCCCCCCCCCCCCCUCUCACUCUCUCUCUAAAAACCAUCAACGUCUCUCUCUCUCUCUCUCUCUUCCGUCGAGCAAUUUAUUAACAGUUUACACUUCACAGCGCAAUUGAUAACGUUCGGAAUGAUUAUUUACAGAAGCCCUUUAUCAAGAUGGAUAGAUUGAUGGAUUUCGUUAGAUAGACAAGAAAUUUUGAGAGACAGAGAAAGAGAGAAGGAGAGAACCCGUAACCCAUCUCAGGGAGGCCACCCAAUCUAUUGCUUUGCUUUUGUUCCGUUGGUUUUUGCCUUGUCCUAUUUCUGGCCUUAAUCCCCCCGAAACCUCGGAACCUCCCGGCCCUUGUUCUGAUCCUCUGUUGCCUCGGCCCCCUCAAUUUUCCCUCUCAGAAAUACUGGACCUUCUUCCUCUGCCCAGAAUUUCCCGUUCCCUGGUCGACAUUUUUUGUGUUUCGAUUGACAGACCUCUCUAGAGCUUCAUUCAUGGUUCCUAUCCGGCUCCCAGCAGGGCCUUUCUUCUUCUGCUUCAACUUAAAGAAUUGCAGUUCCCCAACCGGUUUUCGGGUUCAAGAUUGACUCUUUCAAGGUCUCUCUCUCUCUCUCUCUCUCUCUCUCUCUCUCUCCCCAUGUGGGCGUUCCUAAAUUGACAAAGUCCUCCGCCUUCCUUGUUAAAGAUCCCACCUUUCUCCGUCUAAACCUUGUUCUUGAUCCGCCACAGCCAAGAGAAUGUACGGGACGCAGAGCAAGAGGGACCUAUCCCUCGAGUUGCAGUCUCAGAUUCCGAUCCUGAGGCCGAGCAUCCACUCCCGGCGGGCCAACCUGACCGUCAAGUUCCAGGACCUGUACGGGUUCACGGUGGAAGGGAAUGUCGACGACGUGAACGUCCUCAAUGAGGUCAGGGAGAAGGUCAGGCAGCAGGGGCGCGUCUGGUGGGCCCUGGAGGCCAGCAAAGGGGCCAAUUGGUACUUGCAGCCCGAGAUUUCGAACGGGCUCGCUCUCAAAUCGUCCCUCAAGAUCUCGGCCGUGGCGAAUUCCAUCACCCUCAGGAAGCUGAUCCGGAAGGGUAUCCCGCCGGUGCUGCGGCCCAAGGUCUGGUUCUCGCUCUCGGGGGCGGCCAAGAAGAAGUCCACGGUGCCCGAGAGUUACUAUAAUGACCUCAGUAAGGCUGUGGAGGGCAAGGUCACCGCUGCCACCAGGCAGAUUGAUCAUGAUCUGCCGCGGACGUUUCCAGGUCACCCAUGGCUGGAUACCUCAGAAGGUCAUGCAGCCCUCAGGCGUGUCCUUGUUGGAUAUUCUUUCCGCGACUCUGAUGUUGGCUACUGUCAGGGGUUGAAUUAUGUUGCAGCACUCUUGUUGCUGGUCAUGAAAACGGAAGAGGACGCCUUUUGGAUGCUGGCUGUCCUGUUAGAGAAUGUCUUGGUUAACGACUGCUACACAAAUAAUUUAUCAGGAUGUCACGUUGAACAAAGGGUAUUUAAAGAUUUACUCACUAAAAAGUGCCCGAGGUUAGCAGCUCAUUUGGAGGCAUUAGAGUUUGAUGUUUCGCUCGUUGCCACGGAGUGGUUCCUGUGUCUCUUCUCGAAGAGCUUGCCUUCAGAGACAACUUUGAGGGUGUGGGAUGUUCUGUUCUAUGAGGGCGCCAAGGUUCUAUUCCAUGUGGCUCUAGGUAUCUUCAAGAUGAAAGAAGACGAAUUGCUUCUAACCCAUCACGUAGGCGAUGUAAUUAACAUCCUGCAGAGGACUACUCAUCACCUCUUCGAUCCCGAUGAUUUGCUGACGGUCGCUUUUGAGAAUACUGGUUUCAUGUUCACUAACACGCUCUCAAAGCAAAGGAAGAAGCAGGAGCCAGCAGUCAUGGCUGAGCUCGACCAGAGACUGAGACGACUAAAUUCCCUCAAAAUGGACGACAAAUAGCACCUCGGGGUCUACGCAUCUGAUCGGAAUCUCUGUAUCAUGAGACGAGAAAGAGAGACAUUAUAGUUAACGUUAUUACCGAACAUAAUUCCUGUAUGUAUUUGCUGCUCACUGGAAAAGGGGAGGGACAGAGUAAAAUGGUUCGACGAUGUGCCCUCUGUGAUAUCUCAGGGCAUAGAAAUGGGGUACAGUUGGUGGCAGAAUUGUAAAUUUUUCAAAUUGUUUUACGGACCGGUUCAUUCCAAAAUAUAAUGUGAUUCCGGUUCUGUUGUUA